GCGACUUCCUUUGCUUCUCCGUAACAGUUUCGUAAAACGUUUUAGUCUCAGUAGAGGUGAACUUGUAACACUUGAAGAUGGAUCCUCCUGAAACAUCUGGAGGAGAUCAAGGCAGUAAUGUUGGAGAAUCCUCGGUGAAAACCAGCGAAUCGAAGGCAGAAAUGAUGACGACCAAAGAGCUUCUUGUUGAAACACUGGAUCAGCUGAGUCCAGAAAACUUUAGUUACUUCAAGUCGUUCAUUCCAGCAGAACCAUCUUUCCUUCCCAUCUCAAAGAUCGAGCUGGAAGCAGCAAACACAGAGGAUGUGGUGGAGCUGAUGAUGAAGAUGUACAGGGGAGCAUAUGUGGAGGAGACCAAGAAGAUAUUACGAAGGAUGGGGCAUCUUGAUCUGGUGAAGAGAUUAGCCGGAGUCAGAGAGAAUCCAUCUUUAGAGCAGAAAGUGGGAGAGAUGGAGUCUGUGUUGGAGCUGCUGCUGGAGACGCUGUCCGCUCUGAGCGAAGACAGUUUAAGUCAAUUCUGGAAGCGGUACCUGGACCGAGAACGUUCCUUAAGUCUUAGCUGUAUCACAGAUCUGAAAGGAGAACCCUUUCCACUGUCUGCUGUGAAGACUGAGCUGGAGAUCUUAGCAGUCUCAUUGUUGCAGCGUGAGGGAAAACUGUCUGUGGACGUUACUGAAAGGAUUUUAACAGACAUUAACGAAACACAUCUGGUCCAAAGGCUUUGGGAUCACAGGUCAAGAAACAAAAAAAACCCUGAUGAUCAUCUACCAGCGCUGCUCCACAAAGCAGCAACGAUGGCAGCUGUGAAGGAGCUGCUUUUGGAAACACUGAUUAUUUUGAAUCCUGUAGUUCUUGAAAAGUUCAAGAUCUUCUUGAAGUUCACGUCCUUCCAGAAGAAAUUACCAGAGAUCCCAUGGAGUGAUCUGCAAGAGGCCGACUGUAGAUCAACGGUGAAUCUGAUGUUGGCCACAUAUGGUCAGCGGUGUUUGGAGGUGACCAGUCAGGUUCUAACAGACAUGAACCAGACCGAUCUGUUGGAGUAUCUGCCAGAGAAGAGCGAUGGAGCUGAAGAGAAACUUUCUUUGGAAAAACUUUGGCCUGGACUGAUCAACAAAGUAGAAGCCGUGGAGUCUGUUUUAGAGCUGCUGUUGGAAACCCUCGGUGGUCUAAAUGAAGAAGAGCAGAAAUUAUUCAUCGACUGGGUUUUUACAAACACUUUGUUGAUUGAGGAUCGUUUUCAGUAUCAACUUCACAUUAAUAGAGGAUUUUUAGACCUGCAGGCUGUUGUGUUUGAAAUGGUGCAGCUGACCGUCCUGAAGUCUGUGGAGACAACCAAGAAAUUUUUAAUGGAGAUAAAAAGGCCAGAUCUGCUUCAGAUGAUUGAAACGUGCAGCAAAAGGCAGGAAAAGAAACUCUCAGUGGAUGAGCGACGCUCUGCUGUCGUGCACAAAGUGGCUCUGAUGGCAGCUUUCAAACAGCUUCUCACAGACGUCCUGAGUGAUUUGAAAAAACAGGAGAUUAAGGACUUCAAGAAGUUAGUGAAAUCAAUCUUAUCCCCCUCUGACUAUGACCCGUACCAUUCUCUGAGUUUGAAACCUGUCCCAGUUAUAGUCGAUAGGAUGAUGAAGACGUUUGGUCUGCGGUCUCUGGAUGUUUCCAUGGAGAUUUUAAGGGACAUUAACAGGAGCGAUCUGGUACAGAGGCUCCUGGAGAACAGCUCAGGACUCAAAGGAAAACCGUCCGUUGAUGAAUAUCUGAGAGCAGACGUGUUAAACAGAGUGCCAGCAAAGGUUGCUCUAAAAGAUACUCUUCUGAAGAUGAUGAAUGACCUGGAUGUCAGGACAUUUAAAUGGUUGCUGCAGUUCACAUGUUUCCAGAAAGGCCUCCCAGACAUCCUAAACAGCAGGCGGAGGUCCAGGUCCUGGCUCAGCAGAAGUUGGGUGGAUCUAGGAGAAGGACUGAAUCCACUAGACUUGGUUAAUCAGAUGGUACAGAGGCUUGGCCAAGACUCUGUGCCAUCUGAUCAACCAGACUUGGUGGAUCAGAUGGUACAGAGACUUGGCCAAGAGUCUGUGGACGUAGCCAGGGAGGUUCUGACGGACAUGAAGAGGACAGAUGUGGUACAGAAGCUGACAGGAAGCAGCUUAGGCUCAAAAGAGGAGCUACAGUCUCUGUUGCUCCAGAAAGAAGCAAGUCUAACAGCGGUUAUGGAGAAACUUCUGGAAACAUUUGAAAAUUUAGAUGAAGCUGAGUUUGAGCGUUUUUGGGAAACCCUACAGAUGACAGCCAUGAAGCACAGGAGAAGAACCCCGACCUACUUUAAUGAAACGAAAUGGAAAGUGGCCGAGCUGAUGUUGGAGCAGUUUGAUGAACAAAGUUUAGACGAGGCGAUGCAGAUUUUAAAGCAGAUAAAUCGGUCUGAUUUGGUACAGAAGAUUCCAGUGAAAAUCUCGACAAGACCUGUUAAACGCCUGGAUGCCAAGGAAACUAAAGGAGUGAUGCCGGACUCCAGCUGCUGGACUGAACUUGUACCUGAGGAAAACCGGACAGAUGCAGAAGCUCCAACCUACAGCUUCCAGUGUGAAGCUGGACACUUUGAAUGCAGCGUCUCUGGUCUGCGUUGGGUCUGUUCAGAAAAGGUCAUUUUUAAGUACCGGUUCUGCUCCUGGGACGGACACAUGGAGAGGAUAGAAAGCAGAGGAUACAUGCCUGCAGGUCCUAUGAUGGACAUCACCCUCAUUACGGGGAAGAUGAUGGAGGUGUUCCUGCCACACUGGAUCUGUACUGAUGACAUCCCUAAACCUUUGGACUGGUUUGCAGUCCUACACAUGGACGACUGCGGAGACGCUGUGGAAAAAGUCUCUGAGGUCUCAUCAGCACAUGUCAAACUAUCUGAACCCAUUUUCUCUCCGAGAGCGGCGCUGAUGAAAAUUGGCUUUCCUGUGAAAAUCAGCUGCAACGUGUUGAUCUAUCAGACCAACACAGCUUUCCUCACACUACAUGUUUACCUCAUCCCACGGGAUCCAGCGUUACAGCAGAAAAUGGACCAGAGGGAAACUUCCAAUGGAUACAAAGUGAUCCGAAAGCCAGACCCAGAGAAGUCCCUGAAAGUGAAAGAUUAUUUCAUCCUCUCAUCAGAUCUGGAUGCAGCAGAAGUUUCUCCUAAAACAGGAAUAAAACUCCAAUAUCCGAGAGGAAAGCCAAAUUUCUUUGAGGUGUACGUUGAAAAUGCAAACAGGAACUUCAGUCUGAUGCUCAGACCCGACGGAGAGGACCAGCCAGUGUGGGAGUGUGCUGUUCGAAAAGAUGAGUAUCAAAGCAGUGGCCAGGCACAAGAGAAGCAGCGUUCAGAUGAGCAUCUGUCUGCAAUGAUGCAAAGAGCAGCGGCAAUCACAUCAGACAAGGAGAUGCUUUUGAAACUGUUGAAAGAUCUGAAACAACAUGAGCUUAAAGAUUUCAAAUGGCAACUGAAGAACAGAGACGAGAGUUCAGGCAUCCCAAGCAUCCCAGCGACUCUACUGGACGAGGCAGAUACUUCCGACCUGGUGGAUCUGAUGAUGAAGACCUUCACCCAACAGGCUGUGGAGGUCACCAAAGACAUUUUUAAGGAAAUUAACAGGAAUGAUCUGGUGGAGAGGCUUCCAGACACCAGAUCAUGACCUGAAGGUUAGGCAUCACAGGAGAAAUGGCACAGACUGAAAUGUUGUAAAGGUGGCCUGGAUUUGUAGUUUCCUGGGCUGGAUUGGAUUUUGUUGAUCAAGUCGGGUGCAUGUAAAGUAAAAAGCCUGCAAGUCUGUCUUGAGGGCUUUCCAUCUCAUCCUGGGGGAUUCAGAGGAGUUUGCAGGCUACAUGUAUAUCCUCUGGUUAGGUGUCCUUACAGAUGUCCGAAACACUUCCAAGGGGAGAUGACCAGAAGGCCCAGCGAUCAUAAACCUGAUCCACCUCAGCUGAAUCCUUCCAGUACUUUAGAGCCUCAGCUUCACUCUGAGCUCCUGAAAGACUUUUAAUCAUCUACUACCCAACAUCUCACCUGCCUGCAUCCAGGGUUUUCUUUUAAAACGAUCAAAAUACUUUUAUUUGGAAGUAAAAAGACUUGAGACUCACCGUGCCGCCCUGCAGGACUUUGCCAUGAACCAUAACGUCUGUUUCUUUAAUACUUGUUUGCAUUUAAAAUAACAUUAGAAUGUCAAUGACAACAAUUUUCUUUUCAAAUAGACCUUUC